AUGAUCAUAUUAUUUUGCUACAGGUGGAGCCCUAGAGGCCCCGGGGGGAGGAAAAUGCAAACUAAGAACAUCAACCUGAGCCGAGACCAAAGUAACGACGACAGCUGUGAACUGCAGAAAACAUGCCGCCAAGAUCUCCAGGGGCUUCCGAUCGAUGGGUCAGUGACCCACCAGGACAUCCUGAAUCAAGUCACGAGGCCUACCAUCGGUUCCACGUAUCGCGGUCAGUAUGCAAUAUGA